GAGUUUGUGUCCAACCGCGUGGUCACAUCUAAGUACAAUGUCAUCACCUUCCUGCCCAUCUUUCUGUUUGAGAUGUUCUCCCGCGUGGCCUACCUCUACUUCCUGCUCCAGGCGGGCCUGUCGUGGUGGAGCGUCAUCUCGCCUUUUAGCGGCUAUGGCUCCACCGCCGCGCUGGUGUUUGUGCUGGCAGUUGCGGGGGUGACAUCUAUCUGGGAGGACGUGAAACGGCACCAGGAGGACAAACGCAUGAACACCAGCAUCACCCACAGGCUCAGCCCAGACGGCGAUGUCAAGGACAUCCCAUGGACGGAUGUGCGGGUCGGUGAUGUGAUUGUGGUCAGGGACAACGAGCUGUUCCCUGCCGACCUCAUGUGCCUUUACUCUUCGCUCCCCGAGAACGUGUGCUUUAUCAAGACCACCAACCUGGAUGGCGAGACCAACCUGAAAAUCAAGAAGCCACUGGACCUCAAGGGCCUGCCGGAUGUGAUGGCGCUGCAGCUGAACCUGACUGCAGAGGAGGCCAACAAGAACCUGCACAAGUUCAGGGGCAAGGCGCAGCUGAUCCCGGUGACCAUGAACGAGAUGCUGCUGCGUGGCUGCAUGCUGAGGAACACCGAGUACAUUGCUGGCAUGGUAAUCUACACCGGCAAGGAGACGCGCAUCCAAAUGAACGCCGCCAAGACGCCGCUCAAAGUUGGCUCCUUUGACCUCUUCCUCAACCUUCAGAUCGCGCUAGUCAUCGCCAUGCAGCUGGCCAUGUGCCUGUUCUGCGCCAUUGCCAACUAUGUGUGGAUCCAACAGGCCGGCAAGAAGCGAUACUACCUUGUCCUGGAGACGUACGUGGAAGGCAACUGGCAGAACGCGGGCGCCCAGAUCUGCCUUACCUUCCUCACCUUCUGGAUCCUGCUCUCCUACCUCGUCCCCAUCUCCCUCUUUGUCACGCUGGAGAUCGUCAAGUUUGUGCAGGGCUUAGGCUUCAUCAACUUUGACCGUGACAUGCGCGAUUCCAAGACCAAGGCUUGGGUGCGCUGCCGCAACUCCAAACUUAACGAGGACCUGGGCAAGGUCGAAUACAUUUUCAGCGACAAAACAGGCACUCUGACGUCCAAUGAGAUGCAGCUGCGCCAGAUCGCGGUCAAGGGCGUGGCCUAUGGCAGUGCCGACCUGCGCCUGGAGGAGCACAUGGACAAGACGGGCCUGCGCGGCCUGCGUCUCUUUGACCACCGCCUGUACAAGGCGGCCGCCAGGCACGACUGGGAUGAGGGCAGCACCGCGCUGGGCCACCACCUGAUCGACUUCUGGACCAACAUCUGCCUCUGCCAAUCUCUCAUCCUGGAGAAGAACCCACUGGGUGGCCUCGACUUGUACCAGGGCCCCUCUCCCGACGAGGUGGCGCUGGUGGAUGCUGCGAGGCAGAUGGGUUUUGAGUUUAAGGAGCGCACCCAGUCGGGCGUGAAGCUGGACAUGCUGGGGGAAUUGGUGGCGUACGAGGUGCUCAACGUGAUGGAGUACAGCUCAGACAGGGGCUGCAUGAGCGUGGUUGCACGCGCCCCCGACGGCACCAUCCGCCUCUACUGCAAGGGCUCUGAUGCCAAGGUGAUGAAGAAGAUUCCAGGCACGCUGCUGCAAGCGCUGCUGGCUGCCAUGCAUCCAGACUCCCUACCCUGCCGUGAUGGCCUGCGCACGCUGGUGCUGGGCACCAAGAUCAUCCCCAAGGAGCAGUACCAGGCCUGGGACCGCGAGUACCAGGAGGCGGCUGCCAGCUUCUCGCAGCGUGACGAGAAACUGGAGAAGCUGGGCAAGGAGAUUGAGGAGGGCCUGGAACUGAUUGGCGUGACUGCCAUCGAGGAUAAGCUGCAGGAAGGCGUGCCUGCCGCCAUCCAGACGCUGCUGGACGCCAGCAUCCGCGUGUGGAUGAUCACGGGGGACAAGCAGGAGACGGCGGUGAACAUCGCGGUGUCCUGCCGCCUGGUGUCCAACCCAGACGACGUCAUGAUGCUCAAUCUGCCGUCCAUGGACAAUCCUGUGGAGGCUGUCGCUACCAUCCAUUCUGAGUGGCAGAAGGCUGAGCUGGCAGUGGAUGGCCCCACUCUCAACUUUGUGCUGGCCGACGACGCGAUGCGGCACAAGCUGGCGGUGCUGUCAGCGCACUGCAGCGGCGUGGUGGUGAGCCGCUCCUCGCCAUCACAGAAGGCCGCCAUCGUGCGCAUGAUGACCAAGUACGAGAUGCUGCAGAUGCUGUCCAUCGGCGACGGCGCUAACGACGUGGCCAUGCUGCAGACGGCAGAUGUGGGCAUCGGCAUCAUGGGCAAGGAGGGGCGCCAGGCGGUGAACAACUCAGACUACGCCAUCGCCCAGUUCAGGUUCCUGGUCCCGCUGCUGCUGGUGCAUGGCAACCUGUCCUACUACCGCCUGGCCCGCCUCAUCAAGUACUCCUUCUACAAGAACAUCACCUUUGCCUUCGUGCUCUUCUACUACCAGUUCUACGCCGGCUUCUCGGGGCAGGCCCUGGUGGACUCCAUCACCGCUGCCGUCUUCAAUGUCGUCUUCACCUCUCUCCCCAUCCUCUUCUUCUCCAUCCUGGACCGGCCCGUGAAAAACCUCAAGGCCCUUGUGCGCUACCCGCAGCUGUACAACAAGCGCCACUCUCGCUCACUGACCACGCUGACCUUCUGGAAGACGGGUGUGCUGAUGGGCAUGGUGCACGGCGCCGUCUGCUUCUUCAUCCCCUACUACUCCCUGGCCACCAGCGGGCGCCACAACAUCACCGACGUCUACUCCCUGGGCAAGGUGGCCUUUGUGGCGCUGCUGGGCGCGGUGACGCUGGAGGUGGCGCUGGUGGCGCGCUACUGGACCUGGCUGUUUGGGGUGCUCACCCUGCUCUCCUACGCACUCGUCUACCCCUACCUCGUCAUCUUCCCGCUGGCAGGUGCGGUGGCAGGGGAGGGCAGGCACACAGCUGCUUGCCUAGCAGCCGCCUGCUGCUGCUUGCGCUGCUGUGCCCAUGGUACAGAUCGCAGUGACGCUCUCUGA